GCGCUUCCCCGCCCUCCUUCCGGGAGCGAGGAUGCAGACUCUGAAACUGGCGCUGCUGGGCUGAGGCGGAGGCAGGGGAGUUGCAGCGCGCGGCUCGGUGAGUGUGUCUCCUGAGCGCGGAGAGGCGGGGGGAGGCGGAGGACAAGGAGGAGGAGGAGGAGGAGGAGGGGGAGAAUGCCCGGAGCCGCCGCCGCUGCCGCCGCCGCCGCCGCGAUGCUCCCGGCUCAGGAGGCUGCCAAGCUGUACCACACCAACUAUGUGCGGAACUCGCGGGCCAUCGGCGUGCUGUGGGCCAUCUUCACCAUCUGCUUUGCCAUCGUCAACGUGGUGUGCUUCAUCCAGCCCUACUGGAUCGGCGACGGCGUGGACACCCCGCAAGCCGGCUAUUUCGGGCUCUUCCACUACUGCAUCGGCAACGGCUUCUCCCGGGAGCUGACCUGCAGGGGCAGCUUCACGGACUUCUCCACGCUGCCCUCGGGCGCCUUCAAAGCCGCGUCCUUCUUCAUCGGCCUCUCCAUGAUGCUCAUCAUCGCCUGCAUUAUUUGCUUUACCCUCUUCUUCUUCUGCAACACGGCUACGGUGUAUAAGAUAUGUGCCUGGAUGCAGCUCACCUCCGCUGCCUGCCUUGUGCUGGGCUGUAUGAUUUUCCCUGAUGGCUGGGAUUCAGAUGAAGUAAAACGGAUGUGUGGAGAAAAGACAGACAAGUACACUCUUGGGGCUUGUUCAGUUCGCUGGGCCUACAUCCUGGCUAUCAUUGGGAUUUUGGAUGCCCUCAUCCUCUCGUUUCUGGCAUUCGUGCUUGGUAACCGACAAGACAGCUUGAUGGCUGAGGAACUGAAGGCAGAAAACAAAGUUCUGCUAAGCCAAUAUUCUCUAGAAUGAGCACAAAACAAAUCAAACAACAGCUAAACAAAUCGAAUAACAGCUUUUGUACAUCCACAUCAAGAAGGAAGACACUUGGGAGAGGUCGGAGUACUGAAAUGGAUAUGGAUGAGAGUGAGACCUCCACCGUCAAAGCACCGUCUAGAUAGAUCGGCAGAGAUAGGAGUGAUUUUCCAGGAGAUGUGAUCUUGGAUUAAACACCAGCUCAUUGGAAACCACCACUGAAUAAGGGCAGAUAACAUUCAUGAGAAAUCACAUUCAGGAAAUAAUUUUGAAGGAA